UUUGAAACAGUUCGUCGCGUUCGGAGUCGUGUGAGUUCUGCAUGUCCUAAGACUUCAGACUUGAAGCUGUAUAGGUCUGAACGAAUCGCGAAAGGACCGUGUUAACAGGCCACACGAAGACAACAGCUGAUGAAACGUCAUAUCAUAUUCCAUGUGGAUAUUACAACGUCAAUCACUCCUUAAUGGACAGUAGUUUUCGAUAAACAAUUAUAUUUUAUCCCAAUAUGAGCAGGACUUCUGGUUAAAGUGACUUUUAGAACAAUCUAGUUUGACAUGAGAUUGAUUCGAUAAACGCAACGACAAGAACUCGGACUUUCCGUACACAACACGUUAGAUAGGAGUUCGGCGACGCGGUUGAUCCUGAGCCAAACAAAAAAUUGUGGGGAAUUAAGCUGAGCCGUCUUGCGUGAGAGACAGCUUCGUCAACAACCGCUAUUACCGUUGUUGAGUUUUUCAAAGGAAAUCUCGCGCCUUUCUCACAAAAGUAAUGUCGGCCAUAUUUGUUUCUAAUACGGGAGUUUUGGAUUUGACACAACGCUGGCCAAGGCUGUAGGGUAAGACGGCUCAAGUUCAAUAUGGCGGUCGCAGAAGAAGCCUUGAAAGUUUGUGAGACUUUGGAAAAGAUUUUGAAGGGAACAUUUGGACCGAACGGACACGACGUCAUGCUGAAUUCAUCUUCAGGAGAAAUACUUAUUACAAAUAAUGGUGCACUAAUUUUAAGGUCGUUGAAUUUAGAAAAUCCCAUCGGGCGAACUAUUGUCAACAAAAUUGUGUCCUUCUCCUCAAUCUCUGGAGACGGCGCAACAUCAUUCGUGUUGCUUUUAUCAUCAAUCCUACGGGAAGCCGUUUCCAUUACAGGAAUGAGAGAUAACUUUGAUCCCACUGAAACUUUAUCAAUCCACCGAGGAAAAACUUUAGCUGCAUUGUCUCGAGCUUUUUACAAACUUGAAUCAAGUUUACUUGAACAUGAAGUUGUUGUUUCAGUUCUGAACGGAAUCGCAGUAACUACAGACCUUGAGGCCGAGGAUUCCUCGCUUAUCAAACAGAGAAUGAUUAGACUUCUCAUCACAACACUUAACGGAAAAUUCCCGACCAGUUUAGUUUCAAACUUUGUUGAACUUCUUUACCAGGUGGUGAUGGAGACUUGGAAAUCAUCAGCUAUUUCCCUGCAGGAUGCACUUUUACAUGUAAUUGACGAAUUCGGCCAGAUCUGUGUAGAAGUUCCUGGUGUUCCAAUUUCUUCUUCUCAUUUGAAGCCUGGAGUAAUAAUACCUCGUGGAUUUUCCAUCGAACAACAAGGAGUUCCCAAAACUUCUCAGGAGUUCAUGUUUGUUGUUAUGAACUGUAGUUUUGACUUCUUGGGACCACAGACAUCAUCAUCAAUUCAAAUAAAGGAUGAAACAUCUUUAGGUUUGAGUGUUGAGUGGAAAAGAAACCAAGUAAAAAAAGUAAUAACCAUGUUCAAUGAACAUAAAAUUAAAUUAAUUCUGUCCUCAGAGAAUGUGCCAGACUUCGCCUUGCAUUUCUGUAGGCAGUAUGGCAUUGCUGUUGUUAGCAGCAUUCCUCAGGAGUAUGUCAGGUAUAUUUGUAAGUGUACAGGAAUACUUGCCAUUAAUGAUGUUGGUGAGGUCAAUCUGUCAGAACUCUUUGUUGGAAAGGGUGUUUCAUGUGAUCUUCACACAAUAGGUCAUCAUAGAUUUGUCCAUCUUGAGUUGGAUUUAUCAAACUGCAAAUUCUCUCCAUGCAGCAUACUUCUUUGUUCUCCAGUACAAGGAUUAUGUAGGCAGUAUUACAUUGUUCUUCACCAUGCACUAAAAUGCAUCAAAAUGUCCUUUAGUGAAGAUGGAAAGAAGUUGCUCUUUGUACCAGGUGCUGGUGCAUGUGAACUGGCCUUGAGCUUUUCUUUAAAAAAAAUUUCAAAUAGUGUAAAAGACUCAAAUUUAUCACUGGCUUUGGAAAUCCUGAGUAGUGCAUUGCGAGCCAUACCAAGGUUCCUCCAUCAAAAUUCGUUUUCCAUGUCUCAUCCAAAAGAAAAUUUCAUUCACUGUUUGAAUGAGAUGGAGAGGUCUUUGAAGGAUGAUGGAUUGUUGUUAGGGAUAGAUUCAAAGACAGGUAAAUCAAUAGAUCCUCAAGAAUGUGAAAUUUUUGAGCCUCUUCAAGGAAAACACCUGCUCUGGCAGAGUGUGUUACAGUGCACAUCACAACUUUUGAGGACAGAUAAGCUUAUUGGUGUAAGAAAAAUAGACAAUGGUGUGUGAGGAAUAAAAUAAAAUCUUAUUUAGAAAGCUACUUUUGUUUUAUUGAAAAAAAGAGGAGACCAAACCAUGAUUUCAGAAUUAUUCUUUUCCCAAAAUAUAACUGGAUGAUAAAUAGUUCUGUCGAGUAAUAGAUAGAUAAACCAAGUCAUUAGUUAACAGCUCAAAAAAUACAUGAAAACAGAUGCCAAUGUGUGGGAAUGUGAAAC